AUGUUCCGUUUCACUGAACUCGUCUACCUCGUUGCCAGCUGGUCAUCCCUUGCUGCUGCGCAUACCGUUAUCGUGUACCCCGGAUGGAGAGGAAACAAUAUCCACACCAACGGAACCGCGUCGCCAACCGACCCAAGCAUCGUACCCGGGUCACUGGGCAUCAACUACGAUAACGGCACUGUCGGCUUCCCAUAUGGAAUGCAAUGGAUGUACCCAUGCGGCGGCAUGCCCACAUCGCAGAAUCGGACGAAAUGGCCAUUGAAGGGCGGCGCAGUAUCAAUUCAACCGGGAUGGUUCCCAGGCCACGCAAACGCACAAUUCUACAUCAACAUGGGAUACGGCAACGAACCCCUCAACUACUCGCAUAGCGCAGUCGGCGUCUUCCAAAUCACCGGCCCUUCGAACCAGCAAUACGAUGGCACAUUCUGCCUGCCGCAGGUUCCGCUGCCAGCAAAUUACACACCCAAGGUCGGGGACAACGCAACGAUUCAGGUCAUUGAGUUGGCACAGCACGGCGCAGCUUUGUACAACUGCGCAGACAUCACGUUCGCGGAACCCGAGGACGUGCCAGAAGUCAACAAUACCAACUGCCUCAACACCACAUCUCCCGGCCAGGAGAUUGGCUUCCAGAUCGUCUACGCAACAACGAGCUCACCGGCACCCCACGCUAUGGCCGUCAACACAUACGCGUCCAUCGCAGUACCACUGAUGCUGGCUGCUGCGUCUUAUCUGACGUGGAUAUAA